AGCCAGAGACUAUUCCAGACACAGUAGGCAUAAGACAGGAAUACACUAUGGAGGAGACACCAGUCCACCACAGGGCACCAAACACGUACUCACGUACACGUACGGUGAAUUUACUGUAUUCAGUCUAUCUACUGCCAUGCUUUUUCAAGGUGUGAGGAAACCAGAGGACCCUGGAGGAAACCCGAACAGACACAAAGAGCACAUGCAACACUCUGCACAGUAACUUGACACCAGGAUGCGGCUGUAGUCAACUCCAGGACUACUAUAGGAAGAGGUCCAAGGUGCUUCACUUGCCAAAACAUGACCUAUUCUAAUUUUUCCCAGCCAUUCAACUUCCAUCCCUCUACUCUAGUUUGUUUUGUAAGCUAGGGCCAGAUUGUGAUCACUGCCAUUCUGCUGACACUACCAAUCCCACCAUGAGCUCAUGCCAUUCCAGACAGAUCCGAUUGUAAGCCCCCUUUUUUGGCUCUUUCUGUAUAUAAAGGCAUGUUGUGGCCACAUUCGAGGGUAGUACACACCCUUAGACAACCCCUGUCUACUCUUGGAUCCUUGCACAGCCUCCUCUCAGCUCCCUCCACUGCACUUAUUCUCUUCAAGCACUCGCUUUUAAAGGGUGUCCAAAGCAAAGGCUCAAAAUUGGACCAAGAUUGACCAAGCAACAGGAAGCUGAGAAGUUAUGGAUAUUGCCAUCCAGUACCCGUGGUUCAGACGUGCCCUGAGCUACCCAUCUCGCCUCUUUGACCAGUUCUUUGGAGAAGGUCUGUUUGAUCAUGACCUCUUCCCCUUCACUUCCUCCACCAUCAGCCCUUACUACCGCCACUCCCUCUUCCGCAGUUUCCUGGACUCCUCCAACACUGGCAUCUCUGAGGUGAGGUCUGACAGGGACAGGUUCUUGGUUUACCUGGAUGUGAAGCACUUCUGCCCUGAGGAACUCAACGUAAAGGUGGUAGAUGACUAUGUGGAGAUUCAGGGCAAGCAUGGGGAGAGACAGGACGACCAUGGCUACAUCUCACGGGAGUUCCACCGCCGCUACCGUCUACCCUCAAAUGUUGAUCAGUCAGCCAUCACCUGUACGCUUUCAGGUGAUGGCCUGCUCACUCUCUGCGGCCCAAAAACAGGUGGCUCAGAAUACGGGCGUGGAGAUCGCACCAUUCCUGUCACCCACGAUGACAAACCCAAUCCUGCCCCUUCCUCUUAGAUAAGUGCAUGAUCGGGCAUGAGCGUGGCUCAGCAGGGGCUCUAAUUGUUGACAUUAUUAUAAUCUAGUAUAAUGGGGAGAAACAGAUUAAGAGGAAAGGAUGGCCACUGUUUGGAAAGUUCUUUCAAGUAUAGCCACUCCAGAACAAAACCAAAUUAAGGAAGUUGAUUUACUUUUCUUUGAAGAAGUCAAACAAGAAAAAAUGAAUUUGGUUUUACAAAAUUAAUUUCUGUUAAGUAGGGCUGUGAUUUGCAAGAUGGUUCUAUAUACAACCAUCCAGCCUCCUAACUGUUCCUCCUUACCUGUGUCUGUUUUUUUUUCUCUUUAGCUUGUAUGUCACCUGAUUUUUUUCUCUGCUCUCUCUCUCCUAACCUUGCUCUACUGAAACGCCCCUCACCUGAGGCAUGUACUAAGAAUAUUAUCUCAAUAAAGUUAUAUUAUUAACCAAAGCAAUAAAAAAUGCUGCCUGGUCUUUUUCUAAUUUUAAGAUGUAAAGUUUGGGUGAGCCUGUGCUCACUGUAGCCUCAGAUUCCUGUUCUUGGGUGACAGGGGUGAAACCCAAUGUGGUCUUCAACUGUUGUAGCCCAUCUAACUCAAAGGCUUAUUUGCUCACCAAAGUUCUAAAGAGUGGUUAGUUGAUUUACUGAAGCCUUCUGACAGCUGGAACCAAUCUGACCUCAUCUAGCUACCAGCUCAUCUGGCACAAACAACCAUACCACAGUCACGUUCACUGAGGUCAUAUUAGUUUUUUACCCAUUCUGAUGUUUAAUGUGACCAUU